CAGUGCUACGGCUGUGCUCGCCACGUCGCGGCCGGACUCUACGCUCUCUCACGACCGACUCUGCUACGAGCUCUAACUCGCCGUUCGUAGCGCGUCAACUCUUUCUAACUCGACUCUACGCAACAAUACAGGAUGCUGUCCCUACUGGUUCCGUUAUGGGUGGUGGCGUCGGCGCUGUCGGUGCUGUCCGGCGCGCUGGGCGAGCCGGAGCGGUCGGGUCCGGUGGCCGCGCCCGCGCCGCCCGCUGCACUUGAGAAGAGAUCCCCGCACUACGACUUCGGGCUCGGCAAGCGUGCUUACAGCUACGUCUCCGAGUACAAGCGGCUGCCCGUCUACAACUUUGGACUUGGAAAACGGUCCCGUCCGUACUCGUUCGGCCUCGGCAAGCGCUCGGCGGAGGAGGAUCAGCCCGAGGAGGUGUCUGACGCGGAGCACGUCGCGCUCGACGAUCUGUUCGACCAGUAUGACGACGAGACACCAGGAUACGAAGUAAAACGCGCGCGCCCCUACAGCUUCGGUCUCGGCAAACGUUUGGCGGAAGACGAAACCUCGGAGGAGAAGAGAGCUCGCAUGUACGACUUCGGACUCGGGAAGAGACUGCCCAUGUACAACUUCGGCCUGGGGAAGCGAGCCAAGAGCUACAACUUCGGACUCGGCAAGCGCCUCAGCAGCAAAUUCAACUUCGGGCUCGGGAAGCGCGAGCGGGACAUGAACCGGUUCCGCUUCGGGCUGGGCAAGCGGUCGGAGGGCGAGCUCCCCGCCGCGCCCGCCGCCGCACCCGCCGCCGCACCCGCCGACACCGACAACUACUUCGACAUCUAAAUAGUUUAACACAGCAUUGAUUUUAUAUGAGAACAGUUGCGUGGAUGUCAAUCGACUACAGUAUUAAGAUACCCUCUUUGCUAAAAAUAACCUACUUGUAACGUAGUGAUAAGUACGAGAUUCUUCAUGCUGUCUUUGAUCUCUUUCAUGUAAAAAUUAAGCGACUUUGUGAAAAUAUCAGUAAAUUUUCACGAGAUGAAAACAUGUGUCUGGUAUCUUUUAUUUUAUACUGUACUCAAAUUAUUGUAAAUACAAUUUCAUUCCAAUUGAAUAGGCAGACAUCACUGAUUUUAGUUGAAAAAGAUUUAAGGAAUGUUACAUGAAACAUAUUAUUUAAAAUGAAGUUAUGUGAAAUUAAACUAAUUAACAACGUGCCAUAAACCAGUGAUUCCGUAAUCACCAAAUGUUUGUAGUCCACGUAAGUUUUCUCACACGAAAUUAAUUAACUUAAGGUUUCCGACUGCGAAUAAUUUCUAUUAUUAUAAGAUGUUUCUAAUAACAAUUAGUGAUUUUAAUACCUUGUGGUAUAUUCUAAGAAUUGCCCGUUGUGUCCCUAAUGAUUUAUUUGUAAGGUAGGUGUUGUGGGCGUGACGUGGAACGUGCGUGCGACGUGCGUGGGACGCGCGUGUGACGAGCGUGCGACGCGCGGUGAACGUGUGUCGAUUGCGGCGUGUUGUCUUUGUUCUUCAGAUGUUUAGUAGAGAUUAAUUUUGUAAAUUAUUGUUAAACUUGUAGUUACAAUGCAGUUGCAUUGACUAUGUAAUUACAGUAUUAAGGUGGAGUCGCGCGUCUGUAUAGGGGGCGCUGUGUGUGCCAAAUCAUGUCUAAAAGAUUAUUUUAGUCAAAUGACCGCUUAUGAUACACUUUAAUAUCGGUUCUUUGCCGCAGUAGACUAUAGUCUUCACAACUGUUUCACUCCGAUUGAAAUCAUUUCGGAAAUUCGAUUUUUCUCUUUGAUCCCUGUCUAAGAAUUGUUUUCGGAUUCGUGGAAAUAAUCACACUCUGAAUUUCUUUGUCUAUUAGCUGUUUUCCGCAACCUUAAUUUGAAUUAGGAGAAAAUGAACAUUACGCGAUCAAACUCGCGUCUUGGAUCUUUGAACGUUUGAGUGAUGUAAUUUAGUUUAUUUUGUGAGUUUAUUUAACAAUAUAAUCGUAUAACAGAGACGUUUUGUAUACUUUACAAUAUUUUUAGAUUAUAAAACUGUUUUUGAAAGCGGUCUCUUAUGAAAAACAUUGUUAUUUUGCCACAGAUUUCAUAAAAACAAGUUAUAUAAUUAUGUAAAGCAGCCACGAUACUAGCGGCGACUCCACGAGAACUAGUCAUUAAGAUAAAAUAAGUUUGAUUAAGACUUAACUAAUUCGUUGUUUAAAUGUAAUCAUUACAUAUACAAUCAAAGUAAAUUAUAUUAAAUAAAUAAUAGUGAAAUUGCAUCA